GAGCAGUUUCUCAGCGCGAAACCGGGAGCUUUGGCCCCGAAGCUGGGGCUGCCGCUGCGGCCAUGUACCAAGGCGUACGAGUCCAGCACAGAUAUCAGGGUCCAACAGUGCCCCUGGCUGUGCAGCAGCCCGUGCUGCAGGUGCACACACGGCUGCCGGUGAGGAACCCCAGCUAUCCAGCCACCCAUGUCCUCGAAAGGCGCAUCUCCUCGGAGCUGGCUCGCCAGGGAUGGGAGGCGGUGCACCGUACUGCCAUGGAGGUCAUGAACACCCCGGUUCCCACGUUUCAAUGCAAGAUUUGCUUGGAGAAUCUGCCCUUGUCGGACCAGGUCGUUUUCCAGGACUGCGGGAAUCCCGAGCACGGCUGCUGUCGAGAUUGCACGCGCUACUGGAUCGAAGGACUGAUCAAUUGUGGACAAGUCCACAGCAUUACCUGUGGUCGACGAGGUGACGUGGAUUGCUCUGCAAGGGCUCGAAACGAAGAGAUCCGACCAUUAACAGAUGAGGACUCUUUCAAGAAGUUUCAGCGCUUUAUGCAGAUGCGCGAGGACAAGACUGUGCGAGAAUGCCCCCAAUGUGCGCAGAUGUGCAAGCCGGCGACGGUUGGUGGAGAGAUUUGCCCUGAGAUGGUGUGCCCAUCUUGCCAGUGCACUUUCUGCUACUACCAUUCUGCUGCCCAUGCUGGCCGACCAUGUGACGAGUACAGCAGACAGAUAUCCAAGCAACUCAAAGAGAUGGCCAACGGUGUGUUAGCAGACUCAAAGCAGUGUCCAAAGUGUGGUGUGCAUACGGUGAAGACCAGCGGAUGCAACCAUAUGACCUGCGCUGAGAGGACCUGUAAAGCUCAUUGGUGCUGGGUUUGCGGUCGGGAAAUUGAAGGUGGAGCCAACGGAGUCUUUGACCACUACACCGCAGGUAGCUGUCGGCAGUUCUCGGACACAACAACUCCAGGCUGUGCUUUGAAUAUUCUGCGGUUCCUGACAGUGCCAUUCCGGUUGGUGUUCAUGCUGACGGCGCUGGUGCUGUUCGUGGUAUCGCUGGCCUUGGCGCCGAUCACGGGCCUGUUUCUGCUAUUGAGCUUGCUGUGCUGUCAGUGUCGAAACAACGUGCUGAAGAGCCAAACGGUUGUGAAGGCAAUCAUGCUGAUGCCAGGAUUCCUGAUCUAUGUGGGCAUUGCCUUCGUUUGGAUCUUGUUGGUUGCGACUGUCCUGGUAGUUCUCCUCACACUUUGGCCGCUUUGCCGUUGUUUCUUGCCGCGGAUGGAAGACGAUGCCUGCGGCUUUGAUCACACUCACGUGAUUUGGCUGAUGACAUUGCCAUUUACAGCCCUAGAGCCCGGAAGAUGCUUGAUACAGUGUUACUUCCGGAAGUGGAGCUGCUGCCGCCGUCAAGGUGAGAGUGACAGUGACACCGAUACAGAUCGGGAGUCAGAUUCACAAGAAGUACCAGAUGUGGAGGCUGAGGACGAUUCGGAUCGUUCCUGAUGGGGAAGAAGGGCUGAGUCCAGAAACGAAGAUGGUUUGAUUCAACAGCCCUUCUUUCCUGUUCGAUAAUGCACCCGUG